UCCCUGGGCUUCACCUGCUCCCCAGGAUCCUGUGAUUAGGGCCCUGGGGGUGGGAGUCGGGAGACGUGGGUUUCAUUCUAGCCUGCGCCAUUGGUUGGCUCUCUGACCGUGGUAGGAUACGUCCUUUCGUGGGCUUCAGCUGCCUUAUUUAGCAGAUGGAGGUCGUUAUCACAGUGAUUGUGAGCUCCUUAAUGGCAGGAACUGACAUUUAUUUGUGUUAGACACUGUCGCCUGUCCCGGGUACAGAACAAGAACUGUGGACUAUAUUCAGGACCUUGGAAGCACUGCCAAUAUGUCUGAUGUUCAAGAAGCCACUAACCAGCUCCUGGAUGUGAACCUUCAUGAGAACCAGAGGUCUAUACAAGUGACAGAAAGUGGCCUCAGAAGUGAGUCUGAACAUCUCCAAGUCACUAUUGGAGCCACUGUGCCUACUGGUUUUGAGCAAACAGCUGCAGAUGAAGUGAGAGAGAAAUUGGGGUCACCGUGCAAAAUCAGCAAAGACCGGGGCAAGAUAUAUUUUGACAUUUCAGUGGAAAGUCUGGCUCAGGUUCACUGUCUGAGAUCAGUUGAUAACUUAUUUGUGGUUGUUCAGGAGUUUAAGGAUUACCAGUUCAAAGAAACAAAGGAAGAAGUUCUAAAGGAUUUUGAGGACUUGGCUGGGAAGCUUCCAUGGUCAGACCCUUUAAAAAUAUGGAAAAUUAACACAUGUUUCAAGAAAAAAAAAACAAAGCACAAAAAGAUAAAUCAGAAUUCAAGUAAAGAGAAGAUUGAAAGUGGACGAGGAGACAAAACAGAUGAGAGAGAUGUCAAAAAAGAGUUCACUAACAAUGUCUUAGAUUCACAGAUCUUAGACUAUUAUGAAAAUGCAGCCAUCAAAGAAGAGAUAUCAACAUUAGUAGGUGAUGAUUUGACAUCUUGCAAAGAUGAGACUGAGGAAAGCUCAAAAGAAGAAACUGAUCCUGAAGUGCUGAAGUUUAGAGUCACAUGCAACAGGGCAGGAGAGAAACAUUGCUUUUCCUCAAAUGAGGCGGCAAGAGAUUUUGGGGGUGCUGUUCAAGAUUAUUUUAAGUGGAAGGCUGACAUGACCAACUUUGAUGUGGAGGUUCUUUUGAAUAUCCAUGAUAAUGAAAUUGUUGUGGGCAUUGCAUUGACAGAAGAGAGUCUCCACCGAAGAAAUAUCACACAUUUUGGACCCACAACUCUUAGAUCUACUCUUGCCUAUGGGAUGCUCAGGCUCUGUGCUCCUCAGCCUACUGAUAUAAUAGUUGAUCCGAUGUGUGGAACAGGGGCAAUAUCAAUUGAGGGGGCUACAGAAUGGUCUAACUGUUAUCACAUUGCUGGUGAUAAUAAUCCAUUGGCUGUGAAUAGAGCAGCAAAUAACAUCUCAUCUUUAUUGACCAAGAGCCAAGUGAAAGAAGGCAAACUGUCCUGGGGCUUGCCCAUAGAUACUAUUCAGUGGGAUAUCUGCAACUUGCCACUAAGAACUGGUUCUGUGGACAUUAUUGUAACAGACAUGCCAUUUGGAAAAAGGAUGGGCUCCAAGAAGAGAAACUGGAACCUUUAUCCAGCCUGCCUACGGGAGAUGAGCCGUGUCUGUAGGCCAGGGACAGGCCAAGCUGUAUUACUGACCCAGGACAAGAAAUGCUUUAUCAAGGCAUUAUCUGGAAUGGGACACCUGUGGCGGAAGGUACAUACCGUCUGGGUCAACAUAGGGGGUCUUCAUGCUGCAGUUUAUCUUCUGAAACGUACACCUCAAACUUUUGUUCAUCCUUCAGAACAAGAUGGAGAAAGAUCUCCUUGGUGAUGCAAAGACUGAAGAUGAUUAGUAGCGCUGCCAGUGCUUCCUGACAGUGGACAUGUCAGCAUGAAGAACUUGCUUUGAGAGAAAAAUAGUAUUAAUAAAAGUGAUGUUUGGUGUAAAUCUCUUCACCCUAGAUAGCAAAAGGUGUGAAUAGAAUGGAACAAGUCUUAAGAGAAAGCAGAGCUUUUCUUUGGAGCUGUUGUAGUUGGGCAAUUAGUACUUUUCUUAAAAUGCUUUAAAGAUGCUAAGCCUACUAAAAUACUCUGGGAUUUGGGUUUAGAACAUUUUAUUUUCAGGCUUUAUAGCAGUUCCUGUUUUCCACUGUAGCAGGUGGAAAGCUACCCUGGCCUAAGGGAAAGGCAGAGAGCAUAAUCAGAUCGUGAGGUUACAUUUCAUUGCCUCUGCAGCUUUGUUAUUUAGUUGCUCAGGUUCUUCACCUCAACUUUAAAAAAUGAAGCAUUAUUACACUUUGUAAAAUAGUGUUUGCCCCAUGACAAGGUGAAAUCUCACAAGACCUACAGAAAAGUUUACUAUCUGCUUUAAAAAUUACAAUAUGCAUCUGUUAUUCAGAUUAAUAGAACUAAAUAGACAUUUCUAUUUGUAAACAGCAGGGAUUACACUGGUAGAUGAAGUAUGGGACCAACAAGCCAUAUUUAAAUAAAUUUUUCUUUCAGUACACAAAGGUGGUGAUGCCUUUCAAAGUCAAACAUAAACCUGUCAAAGUAUUUUUGUUGGCUUCUCUAAAGGACUAGAGAACAAACUGAUGUAUCUUUGAAUUAAAAACUUUGUGUAAGUUCUUUUA